AUGGCUGAAUCCUUGCGUUUCCUUGGCUCCCUCCCCGGCCACAAGGGAUGGGUUACUGCAAUUGCCACCUCUUCGGAGAACCCAGACAUGAUUCUGACGGCUUCCCGAGACAAGACUAUCAUUGUUUGGCAGCUUACUCGCGAUGAGGACACGUAUGGCUACCCCAAACGAAUUCUUCACGGCCACAACCACUUUGUCUCUGACAUUGUCAUCUCUUCCGAUGGUCAAUUCGCCCUUUCCUCUUCUUGGGACCACACCCUGCGUCUCUGGGACCUGAACACUGGCCAGACCACUCGCAGAUUCGUUGGUCACACCUCCGAUGUCUUGUCCGUCAGCUUCAGCGCAGACAACAGACAGAUUGUCUCUGGUUCGCGUGAUCGAACAAUCAAACUUUGGAAUACCCUUGGAGAGUGCAAGUAUGAUAUCAAGGAUGAUGGUCACACUGAGUGGGUGUCAUGCGUGCGCUUCAGCCCCAAUGUCAUGAACCCUGUUAUUGUGUCUUGUGGAUGGGACAAGGUUGUAAAGGUCUGGGAACUCUCCAAGUUCAAAUUGAAGACCAACCACUACGGUCACACCGGCUACAUCAACACCAUCUCUGUCUCUCCUGACGGUUCCCUUGCUGCAUCAGGUGGCAAGGAUGGCAUUACUAUGCUUUGGGACCUGAACGAGGGCAAGCACCUUUACUCGCUUGAAGCUGGUGACAUUGUCAAUGCUCUUGUGUUCUCGCCCAACCGCUACUGGCUAUGCGCUGCCACUGCCAGCUGCGUUAAAAUCUUUGACCUCGAGAGCAAGUCAAUCGUUGACGAGCUCAAACCCAGCUUCACUGACGUUGGUCCCAACUCACGGGAACCCGAGUGUGUGUCGAUUGCAUGGUCAGCAGACGGGCAGACGUUGUUCGGUGGAUUCACUGACAACCUUGUUCGUGUCUGGACCGUCACUUCUUAAAAUCCUCCGGGGAACUUGCGUGGUGGAGGACACCUUGAGGUUUUACCCUAUGCAUCGUUUUUACUGUAGCUGGCUGCUUGCAUCUCAAAAAAAAACAUUGCAUCUCUCAAUUCCUGGUGAAAUCUAUGACUUAAUGAACAUUCACAAAACUCCUGCAGUCUCAGCUUCCUGCAUGUUUCGUUGACGCUCCGCGUAAUCCCAGCGAUCUAGGCCUCCGAAAUCGAUCUUCAUCGCGCCAGAAGACAGGUUUACUUGCAAUUCGCA